CUUUGGUUUAUGCUGUGCGCAACAUGUCUGCCAAUCAUCGAAAUAACCUAAAUUAAUAAACAAACGAUUUUUUAAAAAUGUCUUUCGAAACACUCCAAAUCGAAAAGAUAUGUAGAACCUGCCUUUCGGAAGAAGGUGACAUGCGUUCGGUAUUUAGCAUUGACGAAUCUAUCGGCGAAACAAUGCGUUUGUUUGAAAUGUUAAUGUCUUGUGCUGCAGUGCAGGUUUUGGAAAACGACGGAUUGCCCAACCAAGUUUGUUUACAAUGUGUUCAUUACAUAACUCGUGCUUUUUCAUUUAAACAAUUAUGCGAGAGAUCAGAUGCAACGUUGCGGCAACUCCUAGGCAAACCCAUGCAGGCCACUUUUAUGGAAUUAAAACCAUUAUUGUCUAGUGAUCAACACGAACCUUCAUUUAACGAUGUUAUAAAUACCGUCACGGAAAAUAUACAGGCCGUAACAGAUUCCGUAAAUGAGGCUUUUAGUAGCGCAGUUGCAACAGUGAAUAGCAUAGACGUUGGGGAUUCUUUCAAGUCGGAAGGGUCCCAAGACAUGAAAAUGAAACUGGAGUUUGUGGACAAUGACGUGUUAGGAAUUGAUCCAGAUUCGUGUGGUAGCGAUGCCGAAAGCAAAAUAAACGAACUGAGAGCUAAAAGAGAAUCAAAGAAAAAGAAAAUUAGAGACGACACUGAACAACCGAUUUAUCCAUGUGAGGAAUGCACUCAGUGUUUCACUACAAUGAUCGAUUUGAAGGCCCAUGCUAAAACACAUCCGAAAAUUAGCAGACACAUUUGUAAAAUCUGUAAUCAAGGUUUCGCAAGUGCGAGCACUUUGUGUCGACACAUGAAAGUACAUGAUGGCGCAAAACGGCAUUUGUGUAGUGAGUGUGGCAAAGGUUUUGCGAGAUCGGAUGAUCUUACAAGACAUAUAAGAACACACACUGGUGAAAAGCCUUUUCCUUGUAAAUUAUGCGGCAAAUCGUUUGCUCAAUCUUUUCGUCUGUUGGAGCAUAUGAGGGCGCAUGCGAACGAAAAAAGUUUCAUUUGUUCAGUUUGUGGCAAAGCCUUUUCACGUUAUACGAGUUUGGCGGCGCAUAAUAAGACACAUAGUGGCAUAAAAAGCCACGCUUGUGGGGUUUGUGGCAAAAGGUUGUGUGGUUCUGGUUCUCUUGCAAUGCAUAUGAAGACUCACACGGGCGUUAAAGACCACAUUUGUCCUUACUGUGGCAAAGGUUUUACCACACCGAGUAAUCUGACCAUACAUAAAAGGACGCACACAGGUGAGCGUCCUUACGUUUGCAACGAAUGUGGUAAAGGUUUUCCUGAUCCGUCGAGACUCACAGUCCAUGUGCGAUCACACAGCGGCGAAAAGCCUUACGUUUGUAGCGUUUGUGGCCGUGGUUGUGUCAGUUCGUCUCAAUUAAAAAAACACAGAAGAAUACAUACUGGCGAAAAGCCAUACCAGUGCAAUCUAUGUCCAAAGGCAUUUCCACGAAGCGAAGAUUUACGCAUUCAUAUAAAAACUCACACUGGGGAUAGAAACCAUAUUUGUCCUUUUUGCAAAAAAGGCUUUUAUCAGGCUUCAACUUUAAAAGUACACCUUAGAAUACACACCGGGGAAAAACCGUACACUUGCAAUAUUUGUAAUAAAGCUUUUUCGCAAACCGGGCCCCUAUCCACGCACAUGAAAACGCAUUCAUAGCGUACCUAAACUUUAUUUAUUUAUUUACUAAACUUUACAUUUCAGUGAGAUUAUAUUGUAUAAAGUAGCGUCUAUUUAGUAGUUAUACACAUAGGAACACGUAUUUAAUAACUUGGGACUAUGUUGGUGAAAUAUUAUUAUGUACUGCCUAAAUAAAUGCAAUUUUAAUAACAA